AUGGAUGGCUCUACCCGACGUGCAUACGCCACACUUAUCACGCGAAGCAGUUAUCUUGCAGGUGUGGUAGUCUUGGCUCACACGCUUCGGAAGCAUGGAAGCAGGUACCCUUUGGUUGUUCUUUGGACAGCUUCUCUCUCGAAUAAUGCCUUUCGUGCGCUUGAAUACGAGGCUCUUCACGGCAAUCUUACUCUGCGACAAUGCGAGAUUCUUCUGCCACCAAAAGGGAGAAGGACUAGCCUCAUUGCGGAACGAUUUGAAGACACCUGGACAAAGCUAAGAGUGUUCGAGCUUGUUGAGUAUGAUGUCGUCUGCUACCUCGAUGCAGAUAUGACUGUCUUCGGAGAUGUCGACUCCAUCUUUGAGAAGAUGGGGGAGAUGCCAAGGGGAUGGUUAGCUGCGAAUCACUCCUGUGUCUGCAACCGGGACGGGGACCCAUGGGCACCAGACGACUGGCGAACAGAGAACUGCGCUUACACGCCCAUUGUUCACCCAGUAGCACUCAGCCAUCCUACCCAGCCGUCCCCUGAUGGACCCAGAACACACAGAUGGCUCAACGGUGGGAUGUUCGUAUUUCGACCGUCCCAGGAGCUUUGGGACGAUAUGCUCUCGCUUUUCAACACAACACCCCUGCUAUCCACCUUUAAGUUCCCUGAUCAAGAUUUUCUGGCGCACUACUUUGAUUCCAAAUGGAAGGCUCUUGGAUGGCAGUAUAAUGCAUUAAAAACUAUGAGAUACUGGCACGAGAAUAUAUGGCGGGAUGAAGAGGUCAUUUGCCUGCACUACAUUGUGGACAAGCCAUGGACCAGGCGCAUAGGGCCAGACGGGAACGCAGGCUACAAGGAACGAGAUGGUGUGACUCAUCAAUGGUGGUGGCAAGCCUAUGGUGACUGGGAACAGAGCAGGCUACUUCUGGGUGGCCCAGGAGACGAAGUUGUAGCGUUGGUGAGAAAGGGCGUCGCGCCACCAGCAGGAGUGUUGCAAAUUGACUGGACCACGGCAGAGGGUGAAGACCCAGACAUGAAGGCCAUUGGCAGUGCAGUACAGGGUUUUGCCGGGAACAAGCUCCCUCACGAGGCCGGCGGAAACAUUCGGUGA